UGUUGAAUGAGGGCGGCAUGGAGAGAACGGAACAGUCGUGGAAUUCUUCAUAUACAUACCAGGUGAGCAAGCAUAGCGCCGAGAUGCUACAUAACCUCAACAGUCAGAGAAAAGAUGGAGGCAGGUUUUGCGAUGUGAUCUUACGCGUCGGAGAAGAAAGCUUUCCUGCCCAUAAAGCGGUACUCGCUGCAUGUAGUGAAUAUUUUGAGUCAGUGUUCAGCUGUCAAACCGAAGGUGACGGCGAAGGUAAAGAACUGGAAAUGCACACGAUAAGCCCCAAAGUUUUUAGAGACAUUUUGGACUUCGCGUACACCUCAAAGAUUGUAGUGCGCCUGGAAUGCUUUCCGGAGCUGAUGACAGCGGCGAAGUUUCUGCUAAUGCGCUCUGUCAUCGAAAUCUGUCAGGAGGUGAUCAAGCAAUCCAAUGUUCAGAUUCUCGUUCCUCCUUCGCGAGGAGGAGACCACAGCUUUCACCGUGCUUCAGGGAACCCGGAGCUGUCAAAUCCCUUGCACGCGGAUACGCCAAACGGUGCAGUGUUUACCAACAACGGGCAAUCACACAAUAUUAAUAGUGACGGUGGCACUGGUCCGACACGUUCUAGCGACAGUUCCCAUCCACCCAUAACGGCUGGAAGGCUGCUCGUCUCCCCUUCAGAUUUUACCGGGAGUCCCUUGAACGGUGAGGGCUCUACUGGCUCCAAACGAGGCAGAGGACGACCGAAAAAAGAAUCCGCGAUUGGCCCCAUCACAUACAAUAACGGUACUACUAAUGAAAACGAAGGCCUAUUUCCGUGUGGAAUUUGUGGUAAAAUGUUUACAGACACUGUCCAGCUAAGGAACCACGAAGCACAACACGCAACUUUUAGCGGUGGAGUCAGCACUGGGAGAGAACUGGUAUCGGUGGACAUCCCUUCAAUGAUCCCUCACUCCCAGUCCGGAUUGCACGAAAAUGGACUGCCCGCGCACAGCGCAACGGACAGCAGUCGUAAACGAGAUGAGGACAAGGCGACACGUGGAUGCGACCUCUGUGGGAAGGUUUUCAGAGACGUCUAUCACCUAAGACACAAGCUAUCACACUCCGGUGAAAAGCCUUACGCUUGCCCAGUGUGUGGGUUGCGCUUCAAACGUAAGGAUAGAAUGUCCUACCAUGUGCGUUCUCACGAUGGCUCUGUGGGUAAACCAUACGUCUGUCAGAGCUGCGGAAAGGGUUUUUUUCAAGGUGAGCCAGACCAUCUAAAUGGACACAUCAAACAGGUGCAUACCACAGAAAGACCUCAUAAAUGUCAGGUUUGUAAUGCAUCUUUUGCAACACGAGAUCGUCUGCGGUCACACCUGGCCUGCCAUGAAGAUAAGAUACCAUGCCAAGUGUGUGGAAAGUUUUUACGCGCUGCAUAUAUGACAGACCACCUGAAAAAACACAGUGAAGGACCUCACAACUACUGUGGCAUAUGCAAUAAAGGUUUUUCCACUGCGUCCUACCUAAAGGUACAUGUAAAAACGCACCACGGCUCGUCCAUGCUCCCUUCCUCCACAGCACACCAGUUCCCAGAGCCGCGUUCCAAUGGGCCACAGAUGCACAACGGCGCCCCCUACCACUCAGGACGCCAAUGCGCAGUGGAAGAGCUUUGCACCAGUCGCCGGCUCCUGGUUACCUUUCCUGAGACUGAGGGGUCAUUUCGGGGGCUUUCAGGGCCUCCGGUUCUCCCCCAGCCAGGCCCUCCUGCCCUUGGCUUGCAGCCUGAGCUGCUCCUUGGCAGGCCAGGGACGACUCCCUAUGUCUGGGAGUGUCGCUCUACUGGAGCAUCAGGCUUCUCUCUGCAUGGGCCUCUCGCAGACGGGCAGGAGAAUGCUGGGAAGUGCCCCCAUCAAGAUUCUGAUGGUUCGGAAGCCGCAUUUGGCGAUCUCUCCAAUGGAGCCGACCUCAAGUCUGAGCAGAAGGCUGAGGGCGAGGAGCUGAGGGCAGCCUCACUGGUCUUCAACGGGGAGGCCAAUGGCACUGCGGCGGUGGCCUGUGGCUCCAAACAAAAGACUGACGCGGAGAAAAAGUUUGCAUGUGGCGAAUGUGGCCAGACCUUCCGCACAAAGUCUUACCUCAGCAAGCACCAGCAGCGGGUACACAAGAAACACAGUGGGGCUGGACCCAGCCUGGGUGACCUCGGUUCACCCUUCUCCCCCCAGCAGAACAUGUCACUGCUGGAGUCGUUUGGGUUUCAGAUUGUGCAGUCGGCUUUUGCGUCUUCACUAGUGGACGCUGAGGUAGGGAGCAGUGGUAUGGGCUUAGGGGACAAAUGACUCCACAGAGAGGAAAAUGGCCAUGUUCUUACUGAAUGGGAACAGGUUUGACAGUAACUAUGGUUCUACCUUUUAUCAUCUGUCAUUGUAAACUACUUUUUCUUUUGUGUUGCUUGCUGUCAAUGUUUAUCAGUCAUCUAAUGUUUUAAAGUAUGUUUGCCAACAUGUUUUGUUUUUGUGUCGAUGUGAAACAAUGAAUCAUUCCCCACCCCGGUAGUGAAAUGUAUUUUUAAUUUUAUAUAUAUAUAUAUAUAUAUAUUUUACACACACACUUAAUAGUUGAGUUCUAGAGAAAGCCAGACCACUUGCAGUUUGGGCUGGCUGUUAUUCAAAUAAAUUACACCAUUAGAAUCUACCCAUAAAAUACAUUUAUUUAAUGUCUCAGCAUGUCUGAAUGUUUCAGACACAAUUUAAAAUCAAUGAGAAUUAUAAAACAUUUUAAAUAUUGUGUCCUAAUUUUGGUUAGCUCAAUUUAAUUUCUUUGCAAGAUGGAUUCUUUUUGGUUAUGCAGAGUGUACGAGUUUUGAAUAUACAGCAGGGACCAAUUUCAGGUAUGACUGUAAGAUAUUGCAAGAAAUGAAGAGUAUAUUUUAUUAACUUAUUGAUAUUAGUGUCCCUGUCUCCUUUAUGAAAUGAUUUAUAUAAAAGUUGUUGUUAAAAUUUAGAUCUGUGGUGUGCUAUUUUGUCUUUCAAUUGUGUCUGACAGGAGGCCAGCAAAAGAGCUUCAGU